AAAAUUCAGAAAAUUCAACGUGACGUGGCCAGAAAUGCGUCGCAUGUAAAUAUGCUCUCUCCCUGGUUCUCUCUCUCUCUCUCUCUCUCUGUAUACACCGAGAGGGAGACAUACACAGUCACACACACGCAAACAUAUGUACACAUAUGCAGAGAAAACCUUGGGGUUUAUGUAAUCUUGAGAUUUAGUUAGAAUGAGGACUUCAAUGGCAGAUUUGUGGGGAAAAUGGCCAAGAAAAACAGCAGAAUUUCUUAUUUCUGUAAUAAACCAAUUAGUUUUCAUAGUUUUUGAUUUCUUGGAUGUCGUAAUGUGCAUUUUCUUCAGCUAUGUUGAUAAAUUUUUGGAGGGUAAGCCAACCGAAUGUUACUGUCGAAGUCAAAAUGGAAUAAGUGAUUGUGAAGAGAAAAACACUGGGAUUUCGGAUACUCUGUUAGGGAGGAAAAACAUUUUUAGGGAAAUGGGGUUCUCUCGAAUUACGCCUUCCAGAUCGGGUCAGAGACAGAGUUCCAAAAAAACUGGAAGUGGUGAUAUGGGUAAGACUAGGUGGUCUGAUUGUGGUUGUGCAUCCUGUGUUUCUUGGAUGAAAAACGGAGAUGAUGCGAAGCUUCACGUUGUUGUUAAGGAACCAAUACCAUCAGAAGGUGAAGGAAAUGGUGAAAACGUGAUAUUUCUACAUGGGUUUCUUUCGUCUUCUUUUCUUUGGACAGAAUCGGUGUUUCCUGAGUUAAAUGGUAGCAAAUACAAACUGUUUGCUGUAGAUCUUUUGGGAUUUGGAAAUAGCCCAAAGCCAAGGGAAUGUCGCUACACUCUGAAUGAUCAUAUGGAAAGGAUCGAAAAGUCAGUCAUCCAUGAAUUCAACUUGACUUCAUUCCAUUUGGUUGCACACUCCAUGGGUUGCAUAAUUGCUUUAGCAUUAGCAGCAAAGCAUCCAAACAAUCUCAAAUCCAUCACUCUAAUUGCUCCACCUUGCUUUUUGUCGAGUGGAGAAGAGGAAGCUACUCAAAUAGCACUAAAAAAACUGGCGUACAAACGUUUAUGGCCACCAUUAUCGUUUGGUGCCUCAUUCAUGACAUGGUACGAGCAUUUAGGCAGAUGUGUAUGUUUUUUCGUGUGUAGGUACCACACAACAUGGGAAAAGAUUUUGAAGUUUAUCACUCGCCAAAGGAAGUUGAAUUUUUUAGUGAGGGACUUGACGAGGCACACGCACCAUUCGGCUUGGCACACGAUGCAUAAUGUGAUAUGCGGUGGAGCCAAGAUGAUGGACCCGUGCCUUGAAACCUUGAGAGUGGCUCGAGCCAGGGUGAGCGUGGUUCAGGGAUCAAGAGACCUGGUGGUGCCAGUGGAAUGCAGCAAUAAUGUCAAAGUUAAGGUUCCUGAUGCAGAGGUCAAGAUCAUAAAUGGUGUUGGUCAUACAGCAGUCAUAAUUGGAAGAGAAAAAGAGUUUGCUAAAGAUUUGCAACUUAUAUGGGAUUCUGUUACUAAUACAAAGGAUUUAGUUGCAUACCAAAAACGCACCAAGUUAAAGCCGAGCCUAUAG